GUAUUUCCUAUAGUAACUCUGUAAUGUCAUCCAAAAUCACCGUUUGUUGCGUAAUUUCAAGUUAGUAGAUGUAAACGCUCCGAACUACAUUUCCCCGGCAUGUGUGCUCUUCGUAGCCGGAUGUUAGCUAGCCAACUUCUUUUAGCUAACUUUCCGGAUGCUAGCUAGUUAAAUAGCAAAGGCAACUCAUUUCAUUCUUACGUUUACUCAAGUGUUAGUGUACUCGCUACAGGUGGCAAAGUCUGUACCUGUUGAUUCAGAAACAGAUGUGUACUCGUAUUGGCUUGUUAAUUACUAUUAACGAUAGUUAUUUAUUUGCAUAGCUAGUUAGCCAAUAACGUAGCCUCUGUUUUCUGUUCUGAGUUAGGGAUGGGUGACAGUGAUGAUGAGUUUGACAGGAGGAGGAGGGAUAAGUUCCGUCGGGAGAGGAGUGAUCUGGACCGCUCCAGAGAGAGGGAGGAUCGAAGGAGAGAGGACUGGCCGGAGAGUGUUUGUCUGUACAGGGAGUGGGAUCGAGGUCGUGAGAGGAGGAGAGACUAUGAGCGCGGCCGCAGAGAGAGGUUCUCUCCCCCCAGACACAUCAGCCCCCAGCACAAACGCAUGAGGAGAGACUGGGAUGAUCACCGUGGCGACCCGUACCGGGGAGGUUAUGACCUGCCUUAUGGAGGGGCGGGGCCUCAUUAUGGUGGGGGUCAUCCGGGUCAUCCAGGGGCGUGGGUGCAUCCAGACAUGCCCCCCAUGCACGGUCACCAUGGUCACCCUCUGCAGGGCAGGCUUGGAGGUCUGCCAGACGACCUCCCGCCCCCUGGUCAUGGCCCCCCCACCAUGAGGAGUUUUAAGGAUUUCUUGUUAUCGAUGGACGACAGUGUGGACGAGACCGAAGCAGUCAAAAGAUACAACCAGUAUAAACUGGAUUACCGACGACAGCAGCUGCAAGACUUCUUCCUCCAACACAAAGAUGAGGAGUGGUUUCGUUCGAAGUACCACCCUGAUGAGGUGGGCCUGAGGAAGGUGGAGUCUAAGGCAGCACUGAAGUCCCGAUUGGGUGUCUUCCUUUUUCUGCUGGAUAAUGGUUGGCUGGACAGCUUGUCACUGGACAUGGAACACGCCCCAAGCAUUGUCAAACUCAUGGAUGCUGCGGUGAUUAAGAUGGAGGGUGGGACGGAUCAUGAUCUACAGGUCCUAGAAGCUCCACCCCCAGGGGAGACAGUGGUUGAGAUGGCCCCAGCUGGGGAGGACAAGGAAAAGGCUGCCCCCCUGCCCAAGACUGAGGAAAGUCCAGAAAGUCCAAAAGAGACACCGACACACCCUGACCUCAAGGAAAAGCAGGAUGGCCAAGAGACCAAGCAGAAUGGAGAGAAAGAAGAGGGAGAGGAGGGUGAAGAGAGGGAGGAAGGGGAGGAGGAGGAGAAAACUACGAUGAAGAAGCCAAAAGAGGAUGUCGAGCCUAAGAAAGGCAGAAAGAGGAAACGGAGUGUGUCUGCAGACAGUGAAGAGGGGAGUGGUUCUGACUCUGACUCCUCCCACUCUGACAAACAUGAAGAGGAAGAAGACCGAGAAGAAGAAGAGGAGGAGGGAGAAGAAGGUGGAGAACGUCGUAAAGAGAGGCAGAAGGAGAGGGGGAGGGAACAGGCCCCCCCCCGGCCAAGACCUCUUCAUCUGACCACCUCCCUCUUCAUGAGGAGCCUCGCGCCUUCAAUCUCUAAAGAAGAGAUCACCGCUUUGUGUCGCAGAUACCCCGGCUUCCUGAGGGUGGCGCUGUCGGAUCCCCAGCCUGAACGCAGAUUCUACAGGCGUUGCUGGGUAACGUUUGACCGAAGCGUCAACAUCAAAGAGACCUGCUGGAACCUUCAGAACAUUCGGCUUCGGGACUGUGAACUGGCUCCUGUAGUGAACCGUGACCUGGCCCGACGGGUUCGUAAUGUCAGUGGUCUGACCCAACACCGCCCGGUGCUCCGUAACGACAUCAAGCUCUCUGCCAGACUCAUCCAGGCACUCGAUGAACGGGGAUCGCUAUGGGGGGGGUUGGGCGAAGAUGAAGACGAGGAGGAGGAGGAAGAGGGAGAAAGGCAGUUCCCAGACUCCAACCCCGUCCUUAGGAACAUCACGGAUUACCUUAUCGAGGAGGUCAGCGCAGAAGAGGAGGAGCUUAUGGGCGUCAAUGCUAGCAAUGACCCCAGUGACCCCUCAGACUCCACGCCAGGAGAGGUUACUGUGGAAACGGAUGAAAAGCUGAUUAAGGUACUGGACAGACUCCUGCUCUACUUGCGGCUGGUGCACAGUGUUGACUACUAUAACAGCUGUGAAUAUCCUGCUGAGGACGAGAUGCCUCAUCGCUGUGGACUUAUACACGUUAGAGGGCCUGUUCCACCCAACAGAGUCACACAGAAUGAAGUGUCUGAGUGGCAGCGUGUCGUGGAGGAGCGGUUAGCACCUCUGUUUAGUGUGUGUGAGAGUGUCUCUGAGGAGGAGGCUGUCCGUCUGGGGAAGAAGGACCCAGAGGCAGAGGUGGAGAAAUUUCUGACCGCCAACACCCAGGAGCUGGGCAAGGAUAAGUGGCUUUGUCCACUCAGCGGGAAAAAGUUUAAGGCUCCAGAGUUCGUUCGCAAACACAUCCUUAACAAGCAUGGAGACAAGGUCACACAGGUCCGACAGGAAGUAGAAUUUUUCAACAACUUCCUGUUGGAUGCCAAGAGGCCUGCCCUGCCUGAGGCAAAGCCCCUCCCCCCACCUUCACACACACAGGGUGUGCCACCCGCUGGUAUCCAUGGUUACCCAGGUCAGGCUCCUCAACAAUCUCUCCUGGGAUUCCCCCCCCAGCCGAGACUACCAAUGUCUGGGUUCCCAGGUGGGCCUCCGUACCCUAACCAGUUUGGGGCAGGCCGAGGUAACUAUGACAACUUCCGUGGACAUGGAGGAGGUGGCGGGGGGUACCCUGGGAAGCCUGCUCGCACCCCCGGAAGGGGCGUGCGUGGAGACCCUCGUAGCAUCAUCGAGUACAGAGAUCUGGACGCUCCAGACGAUAUGGAUUUCUUUUAAACAUUUCACCUUUAUCUACUUUUUAGUUGUUUUUUUUUACUCUGUGUUCAUCGUUUUUGUUCCCAUAGUAACAGUUCCCUUCCAGUACCUAACACUGAGGUGGUGUGUAUGUUGAGAGUACUUUGAAAGUGUGUGUGUGUUUUGAAUACCCAUGUGUGUUGAACCCAUCCCGCUCCAAUAAAGAUCUACAUAGGGA